CUUCCUGGAGUGACUUUGUGACGGCUUUUUUGUGUUGUUGUGAUGUCACAGUGUCACACUGCAGGAGUCCACCUUACAUCUCAGGAGUUGCAUUUCAUUUUCAUUGAAGCCAGUUUUGUCUUCAUUGAUUUAAUCGCACCGUCAUGUCGCUGCUCCCGCUGAAGUCACAGUUACGUCGUGACGCACACCCGGAAAUGUAGUUUUUUGACGUCAGAAGCGUCUGAUCGUUGUGGCGGAGGUCAGAGGUCAUGGUUCUGCACAAUGAACCCAGUCCGCAAACGUCUGAGGCUCAGCCCGUCCACACCACAACCUGCUGCCCCCUCCCCCACCCGGAGCCUUCGGCUGCCUCCAUCCAGUUCUCAGCUCCUCUCCCAUGAUGCAUUGCUACUGCCCCCACCUCCAAUUCCUGCUGGAGGUGGAGCUGAGGAGGAGGAGGAAGGUUACCUGCUGGUGGAGGAAGAUACCACCGACUCCAGCCUGAUCAUCACCAUGGAGGACAGUCAGGUAGAGGUGAAGGCAGCAAGGAGGAGAGCAGUGAGGAAAAGGAGGGGAAAACUGACUGAGGAGGAAGAGGAGCAGAGGGGCAGAGCCUCAGAGAGUGACGAAGAUGAGGAAGAAGAGGAGGAAGCGGCAGCAGAGGUGGAGAUUGACAGACAGCUGGACCAAUCACUAGAGACCAAGUCCAAACAACACAACCUGACCACAGUGAAUGUCAGAAACAUCAUCCACGAAGUGAUUACUAACGAACAUGUGGUGGCGAUGAUGAAAGCUGCCAUCAAUGAGACCGAGGCCGUCCCUCCAUUUGAGCCGAAAAUGACUCGAUCCAAGUUUAAAGAAGUUGUGGAGAAAGGAGUGGUGAUUCCAGCCUGGAACAUCUCUCCCAUCAAGAAAACCAGUGAUGUUAACAAGGCUCCUCAGUUUGUGGACAUCCCUCUGGCUGAGGAAGACUCCUCUGAUGAAGAGUAUCGUCCUGAUGAGGAAGAGGAGGAUGAGACGGCUGAAGAUACGUUUCAGGAGAGCGACAUGGAGAGCACAGCUUCAUCUCCCAGAGGGAGUCGACUGGUCAGAGUGGAGGAGGACAGCUGCAGCCCCUGGCAGAUUUCUCGGAGCCGAUCUAGGAAUUUGAGGCCGGUGUCUGUCUCAAUGGGACCCCCCCCACCCCCCAAAGCCCUGCCUCCCAAAGCAGUGACUGACAGCACCUUUCUGGAGAAACUCCAUGCUGUGGAGGAGGAGCUGGCGGUGUGUAUGGAGCCCUUCCAGCCUCUGUCGGAGUCGGGGGAUGAGGUGGGUCUGAUGGCGUACCGGACUCGGUCCAAGCGUCCUCUACGUGACGUCCCGCUGGGCCGGCUGGAGGCGGAGCUCCGAGCUCCUGACAUCACACCUGAUAUGUAUGAUUCCAGCUCUACCCACGAGGACAGGGAAUGGACUGAUUGGCUGAGAGGCCUAAUGACCUCCGAAAUGGACAACGAAGAGGAGUGUGAUGAUGAAGAUGAUCCAGAGUAUAACUUCCUGGCCGAUACUGAUGAACCCGACCUUGAGGAUUACCGUGACGACAAGGCUGUCCGCAUCACCAAGAAGGAGGUGAAUGAGCUGAUGGAGGAGCUGUUUGAGACGUUGAAAGAAGACCUUGCAGGACAGGAAGUGGAUGAUGAAGGCCAUGAGGAAGAGGAGGAGCCACAGGAAGAAACACCCACUGUUCAGACACACGCUCCUCCAGAGCAGCACAGCCCAGAGCUGGGUGAUGAUGACUCGGACGGACCAAUCACAGAGCUGCGUACAGUGAAGCAGCAGCUGGCUCUGAUCAGGAAGAGACAGCAGACACAUACAAUGUGUAACACACACUCACUGUAUGCUGAGCCAUACACACUGAAGCUUGACAGACAGCAGAAGAUCAGACUGCAGCAGCAGCUACAACAGCAUGUCCAGCUGCUGACUCAGAUCCACCUGCUGACUUCACCUGUGGCCAAACUGCAGAGUGAGGCUGAGACAACCAGACAGUUCCUGUUCGAGCUGGAUGUGCUGGCUCAGCGAUCAGAGUUGCUCAUGUCUUCAGCUCGUCCUGGUUUCUGCAGCGUCUUCAGAUCCUCCAACCUGCAGGGGGCACUGCAGCUGCUGGAGGAGCUGCGACACACUCCCAUCAGCUACCAACCACAACACCACCCACCUGACGCCAGAGGACACAUGCGGUGUUACCCAGUGAUGCCGGCUGAACUGGCCUGGCUCUUUGCCACUCGUCCAGUCUUCCUCUACCCAGAGCUGCUGCCCUGUGCCAGCCUGGACCCGGCUCUGUACUGCCCCCGCAGGUCGGCUGCUUUCACUGCAGCUGAGGACUGCCUCCUGGUUCUGGGUCUCAGGAACAUGGAGGGGUCAUGUGACCCGACUAAGCUGGUGUCUCAGUUCCUGCUGAGGAAGACUCUGGUCCAGGUCCGACGAAGAAUCCUGCAGUGCUGCAGACCUGGUUUCCCUGACAACGUUGUCAAGGUGUUCAGGUAUCAGCGGGUGCUAUGGCCGAUGCCGGUGGCCUGUCGUCCUGUUCAUCCAGCAGAGCGACGUCCCCCGGUGGAGAGAGAGGAGAGCAUCAUGCCUCUGUGGCUGGUGAGGAGUCUUCCUGUCAUCCACCCGACCAUUAAACACUAUAACACCCCACUUGGCUCCGCUCCGAAGACCCCACCCCCGUGCAGGGGGGUUCGAACCCGUCAGAGUCACCUGACCUUCCUCCGCUCCGCCUCCGACACCUACAGCUUCCCCCCCGGGACACGAUAUCCCCCCCGCCUCCCUGAAAACCUUGACUUCAGGCGCAUUGGCUUUGUCCUGCUGCAGAAGCCCCUCCCCCCUCCUCCUGCUUACUCCUCCCCCCUACCUGAUGGACAGGUGGACCUCUCCUCCUCCUGCUCACCUCCUUCUCCUCACAAACCCUGCUGCCCCCGAGCUCUCAGUCCUCCACGAGUCCUCCUCCACCGACUCCUCCUGACCAGGACUGACACCCCCACCGACAUUAUCACCUCCUCCACUGUCUCCAUGAAAACCACAGAGCAAAUCAGAUGCCACUAUCAGACCCUUGCUGGCCUGAGGAAGAUGAGGAAGAAGAGGUCAUCUUCUUCACCUCCUGAAAAAGAGAAACGCACCUCGAAUGGAGGCGGAGUGAGGAGUGAUGAAGAGGCACUGACUCCUCCUCCUGAAGGCCCUGGCUCCUCUCAGGUGGAAGUAGACAAUGAUGUCAUCAGGAUUAAUGAGGAGGAGAGAAAGGAAGAAGAGGAGGAGGAAGAGGAGAGCGAGGUCCUCCUGGCCCUGUCGGAAUCAUCAUCCAGCUCUGCGGGAAGUGUCGCCCAUGACGACGACCCGGCCGACCAUGAAGAGGCGGAGUCAGAGAGUGAACAGGAAGUGACACUGGUGCCAUCGAGAGCAGCAGCAGAAGAAGAAGGUGAUGAUGAUGAUGAUGAUGAUGACGGAGAGACGUCUUCAGAUGAAUCCAGAGUGUCAGUCCUCGAACCUCAGGAGAAGCUGUCAUCAGAAGGAAGUGAGGAGGAAGAGGAGGAUGAAGAUCAGAGAGAGGUGGAGGACGUGGUGUUUGCUCAGGACUAUCUCCACAGAAUGUGUGAAGUGGUGCAGGUGUCUCCGGGCCUCUCUGAGCAGCUGCUGCAGGUGUUGGAUCAAUUUUCAUCAACAGGGCCCCUUGGGACCUCUGGGGCCCCAGAGCUUCUGUAUGACAGACUGAGCUGUGUGCUGCAGCCCUGGCCUCAGCUGCUCAGAGACUUUGCUGCCUUCCUGAACCGAGGACAGGCCCGUCGCUGUGGACUGGUGAGUGACAUCACUCUGACAUCACUCAGGUUCAACCUGAACCUGUGUGAACUCUCUUCCUCUGUUGUAUUUCUCUGCCAGUUGUUGGAGCAACAGAUGUUUGAACGCAGCCGACGGUUCCUACGGCAACUGGGGCAAAGCCUGGGAGAAAGCUCAUCCCUCUACCAACAGGUGGUGUCACUACUGCAGGGAAGCCCCACCCCCCCACGUGAGGACAUGGAAAAGAUUGCGUCUCUCCUCAAACAGCAUCCUGACCUGCAGGAGUGUUUCCAGCAGCUUCAUGCCCACUCAUUGCCCACAGGAACCAGUCCAGAGACCACAAAGGCGGACUUAGUUUUCCAGAACUGUGACAGAAACAAGAAGGGAGUCGACCAUCAGAUGUCUGGAGAGAGUGAGACAGGAAGUGACAGAGAGGAAGAGAAACAACCAGUUUGUGCUAAAAACAUCUCGAUGAGCUCCACCGGAGAAAAGGUCGUCGUUUGGACCCGGGAGGCGGACCGUGCCAUCCUGACUGCCUGUCAGCAGAGAGGAGCCAACAGGAAAACAUUCAGACAGGUGUCCGCCCACCUGGGAAACAAAACCACCCAACAGGUGAGUCUUCGUUUCCAUGACCUGAUGAAUCUUUUCCAGUCUGCAUCCCAAAAGUCCACUUCCUGUUCCUCUGAGGGCCAGCCAAUCAACAGACAGGAGGCAGCCCCUGACUAAUCGCUGGACCUGUCACAGACGAGUCUGCAACCAACCACAGAGUUGACUUCAGAGUUAAGAGUCUAAUCCAGAUCUGCUGCUUUGGGACACAAUUCAUUAAAGUCUCCUGAAGUUCAGCAGAAAAGACCCCAGAACUGGUUUAAACUCUUCAGUCAAGGACCACCAUCCUCGAAUCAGAUCUGUUGAUUCUAGAAUUCAUCAGAAUUAUUCUAAAACACAAAGGAACAUGACUGAUUCUAAUUCUGAGUGGUUGAUGGUUCCACACUGACUGUUUGUAGAACAUGCUCUUCAGGGGGUUCCAGAGUUUGAAGCAAUUUUUUUUCAGUUCAAAGAUUCUUUAAGUGAUAUUUCAAAAUAACUGAAAGGUUUAAUACAGUUCUCAAGAUGUGACUCUAGAGAUGUGUUCUGGCUUCAAAAAUCUCACUCUAGAACAGAUUUGUUUCAGAGUCGGAAAACAAUUCCAGAGUGGUGAGGACGAAUUUUAGAUUACAUUAAUCACUUUGAAUUCUUCAGGAUGUUCUAUAGUUUUCAUUUUACAGCUUGUUCGGAAUGAUCCUAGAGUUCUUCAUACAGCGGCAAUGUUUACAUCAGCUGUUCUAUAUUUCACUGUGUGCAGCUAGAACAUAUUAGUCUUUCUAAAGUUCUUCAGAGGGUUCAGGAGUUUUCACAAACUUGAUUGAUAUCAGUUUGAGGAACGUGACCCUUGAACUCUAGGUGUCUAGAACCAGAAUUGUCUGUGUUCAGAUUUGUUCUCCUGAAGUCACUCAGAACGUCUCUGAUCCAGUUCACCCAGGAGUGGGUGUUCUGAUUGUUUCACACUUCCUGAAGGUUUCAGUUGUGGAAUUUAUCCAGAACGUUUCUUCUGCAGUUUGUUUCUCUGUCUGUUGGAGCAUUGAAGGAAUGUCAUUACAGAACACAGUCUGUAUGAAAAUGAAUCAGAGUGCAUAGUUCAGUUCAGGCUGCUCACAAAUGUUUUAUUUAUAUUUAUUAUUUAUUUUUAAUUUAUCUGCUCUGACUUCAUCAAGACUUUGCCUUUUGUGGGUGUGUCAGGUAGGAGAGUCUCAGUGACUCAGUGAGGUCAGAGGUCUCCAAAACAAGGAGGAAACACUACAGUGAAGAUUUGCAGCGUGAACCAGUCACAUGACACAGGUGUGAAUGAGGUUCAGCGUGUUCUGGUCACAACUCAGACUCAGUAUAUAUGAAGCCCUGUCCACGCUGUGUCUUAAAGACUGUUUCUAAGUCAUCCUAAAAUGCUUCAAGCACUGAAAAGUAACCCUGCAGCUUCUGAAUCUUUUUUUAAUAUAUAUUUUUGAGUCUUCCCAAGAUGCAUCAGGGUUAACCUACCUGAUCACUCCCAUGAUUCCAAGCGGCCUUACAUAUGUUAGUGAAGGAUGUCCCGAUGUUCUGUGAAGGUUUUGUCGAAAAUGUUUGUGUAUUCAUAUUGAAUACAACUGAAUGAAG